AUGACGUGGGAAACCCAAGCUGAACCAGCGGCUGGGGCAGACCCUUGGGAUAAAAAUGACCCCUGGCAGAAGGACUCCCAACCAGCGCUGCAGGAUGCUGCUUGGUCUGCGACCGACGGAAAUGGUUACCAGUCUGGCCAGACGUGGGACUACAGCAGCAAAGGCCAAGGCGAAGAACAAGGUGACUCUUGGGGGGGCAACGGUGGCUGGUGGGAGGAUGCUCAAGGAGGCGGAGGAGGAGCAGGAGAUGGAGCAGCAGCCAACGACGAUGGGCAGAAUGGAUGGGGCAACUGGAACAAGUCGAAGUCUGCAGAUGCAUGGGCAUCCAACUCGUGGCAGACAAACCAGCAGCCAGCCGAGACCGCGGAAGAUAUGAACAAGCGUCGGCACGAAACCUACCGGCGAGAAUACUAUGAUUGUCAGCAAUGGUACAAGGAGCAGGGUAUCACCCCAGAUACCCACAACUCAAAAUGCAAAUUCUCAGACGAGUCAGGCCUCAGGGGAGAGGACUUCGGGUUGUACAACUCAGUCGAAGUCAAGGUCACUGGAGAUGGGGCGGAAAGUCUGCCGAAGCAUCUUGACACGUUUGAGGACUUGUUUGCCAGGUUUGACAACAUCCCCAAGCAACUGGAGGAAAACCUGAAGUUGCUGAAGUUCGAGUUCCCCACUCCAGUGCAGAAAUUUGCUGUGAUUGCUGGCCUGGCCGGACGGGAUGUCAUGUGCUGUGCUCAGACAGGAAGCGGUAAGACAGCAGCAUAUCUCAUCCCGAUGCUUGCGAGCAUGAUGAAGAAUCACAGAGCCACAGGCGCACUGAAAGAGCCCUUUGAGGGUCCGUGCGAGCCAGACACACUCAUUUUAGCUCCAACGCGAGAGCUGGCUCUUCAAAUCUACGAUGAUGCGCUUCGAUUCUGUUAUGGCACCGAGUAUCGCGUCAUUCGCGUCUAUGGGCAGGAGAAGCGAGAGAACCAAAUUCGUGAUUUCUGCAAGGGUGCCGAUAUUUGUGUGGCCACUCCUGGCCGCUUCGCAGACUUUGUGGAGGCAGAGAUCAUCAGUGUGAAGAAGACCUACUGCCUGGUGCUGGAUGAGGCUGACCGCAUGAUGGACCUGGGCUUUGAAGAAACCAUCCGUGAGCUCGUGGAAAAGCGUGGGAUGCCAACCAACACAGAGCGUCAGACGAUGAUGUUCUCCGCCACAUUCCCAGCGGUAAUCCAACAAACAGCUGAGAACUACCUGCACAAUCACCUGUUUGUGAGGGUGGGGAGGCUCGGCAGCCCUGCCGCAACUGUCACACAGGUGCUGUACAAGGUGGACAAAAAAGAGAAGCUCGACAAGCUGGUAGAGGUCAUUGACAGCUGGAUGCGGAACUCUCGGGAAACAGGCCAAGAGCGAAUGCUGGUCUUCACAAACAGCAAGAACCAGACCAAAGCCCUGGAUGAGUACCUCUGGGACAAGGAAGUUGCCAAGACCGGUGCUCUGCAUGGCGACCUCGACCAGCCGAAGCGAGAAUCGAAUCUCGAACUGUUCCGUGAGGGCAAGAUCCAGGUGAUGCUGGCGACGGACGUGGCAGCCAGAGGACUCGACAUCAGCAAAGUGUCCCAUGUGGUGAACUAUGAUCUGCCGAAGGAGCCACCUAUCUACGUACAUCGAAUUGGCCGUACCGGCCGCAUUGGCCACCGUGGCACAGCUCUCAGCUUCGUUACCAUGGAAGAGGGUUGGUGGAUGGAUAAUGAGGAGAUGCUGCGGGAGUUGCCCACAUUCAUGGAGGGGGCGCCGAACACCGUAGUGCCAGACUGGCUGCUGGAGAAGUGCCAAACGCUUACGGCGGGAGAAUGGGCCUCGAAAGAAGAAGACACGAAGGAUGCCCGAGAAGCCUGGUCGAAGUGGCAGCCUCCUACAGAUGCUGGUGAUGGGAAUCAGACCAGCCAAGAGGCUUGGAAGGACGAUGUCUGGGAUCAGAACGGCACCGACCAGAGUGGUCAUCAGGCAAAUGAAGGUGGACAUGGUGGACAGGAUGCUCAAUAUGGCGAGUCGUGGGCCCAGCAGGAUGCCCAGAACGGCGAGUCGUGGGGCCAGCAGGAUGCUCAGACAGGCGAGUCGUGGGGCCAGCAAGAUGCCCAGAACGCCGAGUCGUGGGGCCCGUACAUGUAG